AUGGGAGCAUGCUGCAACAAACAGAGUGCUUUGCAUCGGAACGUGUCCUUGAGGGCCAAGGAGUGCAGCCAUGGGAGCGAACGGCCCCGGUCGGGUCCGGUGGAUUUGCCGCCGGCGCUGCUGGGCGUGGAGACCCCGCAGGUGCCGGGCGACGUCUCGCUCGCUGGCACACUGUCCAAUUGCACCAUUGUGGAACUGGCGAAGCGCUACAAAGCCUGGCUCUAUUUGAAUCCCAAGGGCCUUAGCUCUCACUUCGUCUCGGGGCCUCGCAUUUCGAAUCGUGCGGUUGGCUUUCCCACCGAAGCGAUCGAACGCGCCGGAUGCCGGCUGCUGAUUUUGGACUUCUUUCGGCCACCGGUGCCGCCCGAGCAGACUUCCCGGAUGUUGGAGGCGAUGAGCCAAUUGCCCCGGCCGCUGAUGGUUCAGUGCACCACAGGCACAAGGUCUUCAGCCUUGCUGAUCCUUUGGCUGGCCAAACAUGCAGGUCACAACCUGGAGUCGGCCCUACGUGUAGCAGAGGACAUGAAAUGCCUACGUCGCUUGAUGGACUCUGGGUGGGUGCGGGAGUGGCUUCUUCCAGAGUUGAACUCCACCUUGGAGUUGAGUGAGCCAUCUGGCUACUUGCUUGAACAGUUUUUUGAGCCAGUCACCUUCACCAACAGCUACCUCGUCGUAUGCAAAGCGACGAAGGAGGGCGUGUUGAUCGAUCCCUGCUUGAACCGCACUGAUGCCUAUUUGAUGCUUCUUGACGAAGCUGGCAUCCACUUGAAGUAUGUUUUGAACACCCACUGCCACUAUGAGCACAUGAGCAUCACAGGCAGCGAUGCCAUUCGAAAGCUCCGUGGCGACGUGAAACUCUUGAGUUCCAAGGAGUCGGGUGCCGCAGCGGAUGAGUUCUUGGUGCAUGGCCAGUUGGUGCACUUUGGUCACUACCAUUUGGAAGUGCGUGCUACUCCAGGUCAUACAUCUGGGUGCCUCACUUACGUGCUCCAUGGACUGGAUCAUCCGAAAGUGGCCUUCACUGGAGACGCAUUGCUGGUUCGCGGAUGCGGGCGAACGGACUUCGCGCAAGGUGAUGCAGGUCGCUUGUACGAUAGUGUUCACGCUCAGAUUUUCACUUUGGAUCCCGACACGCGCAUCUACCCGUGUCACGAGUACAAUGGCCGGAAUAACUCCACGGUGGGUGAAGAGAAGGCAUACAACCCGCGCCUCACGCACUGUAGGGAUGACUUCAUUCUCCUGAUGGAUGAGCUUGAACUUCCCAAGCCCAAAUUCCAGGUGUGUGACGUGCCCCGGCCAGAAAAACAACUGCUUUCACUUUAA